AUGGGGGCGAAGCUGCAGGUCCAGCUGCUUCAGGCUCGGAACCUGGCAGCUAAGGACAGCAACGGUCUGAGCGAUCCGUACGUGCGGAUGCAGGUCGGCCGGAGCAAAGCGCGCAGCAGCACAGUGUAUAAGAACCUCAAUCCGACGUGGAAUGAGGAGUUUCUAUUUAGAACGGAUAACCUUGAAACGGAUGUUCUCCUCGUGACCGUGUGGGACGAGGAUUACUUAGGAAAAGCGGAUUUUCUGGGUCAAAUGUCGGUGCCGGUAGCUGCGGUGGCGGCUGCGGAAGGGAAGAGUCUCCCGCCGACGUGGUAUCCGCUCAAGAAGAAGAGCGAGCGGUCUCGCUCCUUCGUCUCAGGCGAAAUCCUUAUAGAGGUCUCACUAUGGGGCCUCGUAUCCCACGCGGCUCAAUCCCAAACCGCCAGCCCUGUCAGCUCAACCGCCCUCUCCCCCUACUCCUCCACCCCAUUCUCCAUCACCCCUCCCUCCACCUCGCACACCCCAACUCUCCCGCUCCUCACCUCCUCCUCCUCCACACCAUCCUCCCUCUCUUCCACCCCCGACAACUACCACCCCAACCCAGUCGACCCGGCUUACAACCCGCCAGCCAAUUUCCAGCUCCUGCAUCCGGACCAGAUGGGCCUCACAACAAUUCCCUCCGAGCCACAUUCCCCAACCUCCUCCGCUGACUCGACCGCGUCCGCGCCUGGCGGGCUGGGCUCGCUGUCACUCUGGCUGUCAGGGCCCCUCUCCUCCACCUGCUCCUCCGCUGCUUCAGGCUCCCUCACCUUCCACUCUGGGCCUUUGAUGCUGACUGGGGUGCCGCCUGCUGCUUCAGACUCGCGGCCUCCUGCCCCUGCACCGGCCCUCCCGCUGCCUCCUGCAACGAGUUCUUCCUCUGCUGAGGCCGACAGCACUGCACCUCUUCCUUUACUGAAUGGGGGGAGCUCCUCCUCCGCUCCUCCUACUCCUGCCUCAGACAGGAGCGAUGCAUCAACCCCCCUUGCCAACCUUGCGUCACCCACCGACACCCAGAUCGUACCUCAUUCCAUCGACUUGCACCCAGCAACCACUGCAGCAUCCCACGCCAUCCAGCACUCCGCCUCCGCCCCUGCCCGCCCCUCCAAGUCCCACUUCUUCCACUCAUUCACCCUCUCAGGAGCCUCCAAGUCCAAAUCCGAAACCUCCAUGCGCGGCCACGUCAGCACCAUAUCCGAAUCCUCCGACGAAUCCUCCUCCCCCAUACCCCACAGCGCCCUCGCCUCGGCGCUCCUCCCCCACGCCGCAACCAUCAACACCCCCCCUCCACACCACCACUCCUCUAAAGACCCAGCAAACACCGAGGUCGUCUUUCCAGGAGCGAAGUCCGUGGGGCUGAGACAGCGCUUGUCUGGCUUCACCUCCUCCUCGAAGGCUUCCCGCAGAGCCUCGGAGCAGCAGCAGCAGGGGCCGGUGCACGCGCUGCCGAAUCAGCGCUCUGUGUCGUCCUUCCUGCCGCGCCGCCGCUCCUCCUCCUCUGAAAACGCCCCCGUGAGGGCCAGUAAGAGCACGGAGGGUGCUGCUGCGUCUCCCCUGCCGAAAUCCGGGAGUGUAACGGGGGGUGGGGCAGGAAGUGGGGGUUCGGGAGCAAGUUCAGGGGACGAUGGGGGCGAGAAGGGGGAAGGGACGGGGGCGGUGGGGGGGUUGGGCGGAGGGGAGAGCCUGGUGCCGCUGUCGUGGUUUGAUGGGGAUGUUAAGGGGGUGGCUUCUAUGGGGGAUAUGCCGGCAGCGCUGGGGGGAGGGGUGGUGGUGGAGCAGUGGUAUGGCGUGCCGGCCCAUGAGCUGAACGGGAUUCUCUUCAAGCCUGACUCCGACUUCUAUGCUGAGUUCACUGCCGGAGGAAAUGCCAGUGGGAAGGGUGCAAGAGGAAAAGGACCCUGGAUUGAAGGUGAUGCGGCUGCAGUUCCCUCCCUAGCCGACUCCCUCCCCGCCACCAUCACAACGGCCAACUCGCCCGCCUCUCCUCCAAUCAGCUCGCGGGUAGUCCGAUACAUGACUGCGCCCUCCUCUUUGGUCAAGUCUGUACUCGCUACAGAGCUGAUGCGUUACAGCAGGGCAGACGCGGGGGGUUAUCUGGUGGAGGUGUAUGUGGCAACGCCUGACGUACCGUAUGGCAACACGUUCCGCACAGAAAUGCAGUUCUGCAUCACACCGUCACCAGGUACCACCUCUCUCUUGCCCUCCCUCCACUCCCCCACGCCUGACGUGCCGUAUGGCAACACGUUCCGCACUGAAAUGCAGUUCUGCAUCACACCGUCACCAGGUACCACCUCUCUCUUGCCCUCCCUCCACUCCCCCACGCCUGACGUGCCGUAUGGCAACACGUUCCGCACUGAAAUGCAGUUCUGCAUCACACCGGGACCAGACGGCAGCAGCUGCCAGCUGCGUGUGUCAUGGGCGCCGUGCUUCCUGCAGAGCACCAUGAUGAAGGGCAUGAUCGAGAACGGCAUGCGCUCGGGACUCAAAGACACCUACGUUGCUUACCAGACGAUCCUGUCCAAAUACGCUGCACCUGCCACCACCCCUCUCGGCUCCUCCUCCGCAUCUGCCCUCCUCCCCGAGCCUCCGCCGAAGCAGCCCCUGAUGGCUCGGCUGUUCAAUAUCCUUGGGCACUUUUCCAUGCUGCUCUUCUUUGUCUCCCUUAUAGUGCUCCCCACGCACUUCAUACAGCGCGCCAAGGGCCUGCCAGGCGUGCAGUUUCUGCUGCUGGACUUGCCUGACGGGGUGAUGGAGCUGCUGUGCACGGCUGUCAUUGUGCUCUCUGCUGAGAGGGCUCUGUUUCGUCUAAGGAAUAUCAUCACUUCACGGCUUCUAAGAAGGGGGGACCAUGGGAAGAAGGCGGAGGGAGAGGGGUGGCUGUUGACAGUGACGCUGGUGCAAGGGGAGGGCGUGGGGGAGGCAGGGGGACUCGGCGGCAAGAGCGAUCCCUAUGUGGUGUUCACAUGUAAUGGCAAGACACGCACGAGCUCUGUCAAGCUGCAGACCAACCGCCCGGUGUGGAACGGCAGAGGUGGACCUCGUGAGAUCGAGCGCCCAGGAGCUCUCAGACCUCUGGGUGCUGCUGCUGGGAGGGCAACAAGCCCUUCCCCCACCCCAACUCCCUCCCCCCUCCUCUCCCCAUCCCCUUCCCCCACCCCAACUCUCUCCCCUCUCCUCUCCCCAUCCCCUUCCCCCAUACCUCCAGAGGUGCUGUCCUUUGACGCGUUUGAGGACCCGCCCUCAACACUAGACGUGGAGAUCUUUGACUACGACGGCCCUUUUUCCGCGCCAACGGCCCUGGGGCAGGCAGAGGUGGACCUCGUGAGAUCGAGCGCCCAGGAGCUCUCCGACCUCUGGGUGCCGCUGCAGGGAGGGCCGAGGGCAGAGGCGCGCAAGGGAGGCAAGGCGCCGGGGCAGGGGCAGGGGCAGGGGCAGGGGCCGGGGCAGGGGGUGGAGGCGAGGCUGCAGCUGAGGGUGCUGCUCACGAGUACGAGUGAGGCGUCUCCACCGAUGAUUCUUGAGAGGAUCAGCAAGCAAGUCGGCAAGGAGCUCCUGCGUAUCUCCGACGAGAAGAACACGGCUUUCCAUAACUUAUUCGACCUGCCCGACAACGAGCCGCUUAUCAACGACUUCUCCUGCGCGCUCAAGAAGAACCUCCUCUCGCAGGGCCGGCUGUUCCUGUCGCCCCGCCUGCUAGCCUUCCAUGCAUCCCUCUUCCGAGGCCGCCUGUUCCUCUCCCCGCGCCUCCUGGCCUUCCACGCGUCUCUCUUCCGAGUGCGCAUAAAGGGUCGUCUCUUCCUCUCGCCCCGCCUCCUAGCCUUCCACGUGUCCCUCUUCCGAGUGGGCAUAAAGCUGGCGGGUCGCCUCUUCCUCUCCCCGCGCCUCCUAGCCUUCCAUGCGUCUCUCUUUCGAGUGCGCAUAAAGCUAGCAGUGCGUUGGGAGGAUAUAGACGAGCUGAAGGGGACCGCGCCCUCCAUCCACUCCAUCAACCCAUGGACUUGCCACGCUCAUACUGCCUCACCGUUACCCCCUCUCUCCCACACUCCCCUUCUCUCCUCUCCCCAACCUCCCUCCCCUCCCCUCCCUCCCUUCCCCUCCCUCCCCCCCUCACAGGGUCGCCUCUUCCUCUCCCCGCGCCUGCUAGCCUUCCAUGCGUCCCUCUUUCGAGUGCGCAUAAAGCUAGCAGUGCGAUGGGAGGACAUAGACGAGCUCAAGGAGAAUGCGCCCUCCAUCCACUCUAUCAACCGCCUCCUCAACCCCUCCAUCACCAUCUACGUCAAGCCGGGCCGCGGCGGCCCCGACACGCGCAGCGCCGCGUACGGGAUCGAUCCUUCAGGGCGGCUCAAGAUUCGCUUCCAGUCCUUUGCUCGCCCCACCAUUGCCUUCCGGUCAGUGUUUCAGCCCACAUUACCUUCUGUUAGCAGCGUUGUGGCGCCACAGGGCGCUGCCCCCCGAGCAGGCUGUGAUGCCCACAGGCCUACUUAUCCCUCCCCAACUCCCCCCCAUCCGCCCCAUCCCUCCCCAUCCCAUCCCCUCCCCAUCUCUCGCCCUCUCACUCCUCCUCCCAGGCUGAUCACAGCGUUGUGGCGCCACAGGGCGCUGCCCCCCGAGCAGCAGCUAGAGAGAGCCAAGGAGGCCGCCAGCGCUGCCGCUGCUGCGGAGGCAGGCGGGGCAGAUGGAGCGGCAGCGACAGGAGCAGGGGGGGCGGGGGCAGCGGCAGGGGCAGGGGCGGCGGAGGGGGGAAAGGAGGGGCUGGAGGGGGUGUUGUUGCUGGCAGUGGUGGUGGGGCAGUGGGGAGUGACGGUGGAGCAGUUCCUGGCGAUGACCGAGCAGCAGCAGCUGCAGCACAAGGCAAGGUGGCCGACACAAACUCAACGCUCAUGCCCGCUCGUGCCCCCACUCACUCACCCACAAUCACAGGUGGACCAGUUCCUGGCGAUGACCGAGCAGCAGCAGCUGCAGCGCAAGGUGGCAGACGCCACCGGCCAGACCCACCUGGAGGUCUCCGAUUGGGUGGCAGUGGACGGUGCGCCGCCCGGUGCCGCCCGGCGGCAGCGCAACAUCAAGUUCAAGUUCUCCCGCCAGAUGUCGCCGUUUGGAACCACCGUGUCGGGCGUGCAGCAGGCCACUAAGGAUGCGACACCUGGCAUGUGCACGUGGGCGAUGCUGGAGGAGUCCAUCACUCUGCACCAAGUGCCCUUUGGGGACUACUUCCAGGUGGAGACCAAGAGGGAGCUCAAGUCACAGCAGCUUCUGAAUGGGAAGGAGGAUGUGAGUGCGGAGGAUAAGGCACAUAGACUUAAUGAGCGGGUGCGCACCUGGUUCCCCUCGGCGCAGCUGGCGGCGCUGCUGGUGGAGCGGGGCGGGUGCGAGUUCCCCAUCCAGCUGAACGCGCGAGGCGCGCUGGAGGGUCCGUGGGUGAAUCAUUCCUCGCACGACCACCACGCCCUCCUCGACCUGGUCUCUCGCUCCUCCUCGUCGUCCUCCUCGUGGGAUCGGCGGCACGCGUUUGCGUCGGACGCGGACGGGGGGCGGGUGGAGGAGGCGGAGUUUUACUCCCCUGCGCGGUACCAGGCGAUGGGGAAGGUGGUGGCGGCGGAGGAGGGGGAGGACGACGGCAAGGCGCCGUGGGGCCACGUGGUGGAGGGGCUGCUGACGGCCGGCACGCUCAGCACGGGGAAUCGGCUCACGCUGGCGUUUGCACGGCUGGCUGAGAGGUUCCUGGCGUCGUGGGUGCGGAUUGAUGGCAUCAGCAAGGGGUUGGGAAAGGCGGGCAUGGUGAAGCAGAUCAUGUUCCCAGCCAUGGCCGUCAACCCCAAGAUGCAGCCAUGCCUGGCGCAUGUGCGCAUAGUGCUAGGUCGUGUGUACUUCCGCUACGGCUCCUUCCUGGAAGAUCCACGCAAGCUCAAGCGUGUGAACCUGGCAGUGAAGAUGAUCCUGCACGCCAUCACUGCAUACGACCUCCGAUCACUGCGAGCGGAGCUAUUCAUAAACGCGUGUGACAAGCCCGUGAGUUUCGACAACUCGCUCUCCUCGGGCUGUUCCGGCUUCCCCGUCUUCAGCACGCAGUGGACCCCCGGCUCCACCGACAUUCUCUUCCCCGACCCCCUCGACCUCGACUAUUCCCCACCACAGCACACUGAGCACGUGCCCUGGGGCAAGAAGGAAGGCAGGGCAGUGUGGCGGGGCAGUGGGUUUGAGUUUCAGCUGAAGCCCUACAACUGGGCCUCCAGCUUCCGCCUGCGCCUGCACCGAACCUCCGACUCUCGCCCGGACCUGCUGGACGCUCGGAUCUCCAGAUUUGGCCCGAUAGACCUGGCCGACCCUAAAGAGUUGCUCAAGAAGAACGGGUUUGUAUUGGCGGAGGAGAUGGAGGAGGGGGUGAAGGAGAGCACGUUCAAGUAUGUGGUUGUGGUGGAUGAGAUGGUGGGCUCUCGUGACACGUGUCGCGCUCUGAGUGGCCAGCAGGCCAUCAUUCGGCACCACUCGGGCUUCAUGCAGUAUUUUGAGCCGCUCAUGCUGCCCGGAGUACACUACAUCCCCGUUACACACAGCUUCACGGAUUUGGUGGCAGCAGUGGAGUGGAUGAGGCAGCACGACGAUGCAGUGCACACCAUGCUGCUCAACGCAAACGAGCUCGCCUCUCAUGUGGAUAUGACCAAGGUAAAGAAGGAGGUGAUGCAGCCAUGGAUAGCCAAGAGGGUGACUGAGCUUCUGGGCGUGGAGGAUGAAGUGCUCAUCAAUUUUAUUUACAGCCUGCUAGAGGGCAAGAAGGUGGACGGCAAGCAGGUCCAGAUUCAGUUGACCGGUUUCAUGGAGCGCCACACGGCGCGCUUCAUGCGCGAGCUCUGGUGCCUGCUGCUCAGCGCGCAGGCCAACGUCAGCGGCAUCCCGCAGAAGUUUCUCGACGAGAAGGCGGAGGAGACGAGGAAGAAAAAGGAAGCGGAGCAGCGCAUUUUGUCGGAGAUUGGGCGCAAGAAGGGGAUGCAGCAGGGCUCGUUGCUGGGCCCUGGGACUGCCGCUGCUUCCAUCCCCGGCGUGGACGUGGAAGCUGCUCGACGGAAGGCCGCAGAGGCAGCAGCGCGCCUCACGGCUGCCCUCCUCGGACAUCCCGCUCCCGCCGCCGCUGCUGCUGCUCCCGCUCCUGCUCCUGCGCCUGCGGUACCAGCGCCGGCUGACCCAGCCGCUACUGCUGCCGGCAACGCUGCCGUCGCCGCCGCCACGGCCGCUGCGGCUGCGUUCACGGCGCAGGCUGCUAAGCUGGCGCAGGAGAAAGAAGCAGCCGCAGCAGCAGCUGCUGCUGCUACAGCUGCUGGUGGUGAUGGUGGUGCCACAGGAACAGGUCAAGGGCAGGAGGAUGAGAGGCCAGAUGGUGUAGGAGCCGCUGUUGCUGCUGAUGUUGCUGAUGAUGACGAUGAUGCAGGUGGUGGCGAAGGAAAAGCGGAGCAGGAUCAGGCCCCCUUGCCCCCCCCUCCUCGUAACCGCUUCCCCGCCCGCCGUCGCCAUCGCUCCCGCUCUUUCUCCCCCGAGCGCCGCUCCCGGUCCCCACCCCGCCACCGCCGCUCCGCGUACCGCUCCCCCCGGCGCUCCCCCCCGCCGUCGUCCUACCGCAGCAGCCGCUACCGCUCCCCGCCUAGAAGCCGCGGGUACCAGCGCGACGGGCGGUCGCCGCCAGGGGACUAUCGGCGCAGAGGGGGGGGGUCCCGAUCACCCCCCCCUCGUCGUUCGUCCCGGCAGGAGGAGUCGUUUGCGCGGAGUAAGGGCGGCAGGGAGGAGUAUGGUGAUGAAUAUGGUGACGAGGAGGACGAGGAGGAGUAUGAAGAGGACGUGCGGGGUGUUGUGCGCAAGGAGGCUAGGAAAGGAGGAGCAGGGUGGCGAAAUGUGGAGGAGGACGAGGCGGAGGAAGACGGGGAGGAGGAAGACGGGGAGGAGGAUGGGGAAGGCAAGGGGGUCCGGAAGGGCAGGGCGGGUCGAUUGGUGGAGGAUGAGGGGGGAGACGACGAGGUGAUGGUGAGAGGAAGGGGCCGCGGUGACGCGGGGAGAAGUGCCAAGGGCAGUGCAGGUGCGGGUAGGCAUGGGGGGAGGGAUGGGGGAAGGGGUGGGGGAAGGGAUGGGGGGAGGGAUGGGGGAAGGGGUGGGGAAAGGGGUGGGGGGAGGGAUGUGGGCAUUGCAUCCCCCGAUGCUGACGAGAGUGAGGGCGACGAGCCGAAUGGCCGUCUGGGUGCUUCCGAAAAGUCUGGUGGCAGGAAGGAGAGCGAAGGCCGAAGGGGGAGGGGUGGGGUUGAGGAGGAGGGGGAUGAGGAGGAGGAAAGGUGGGGUGCGGACGGGGAGAGGAGGCAGGGUGAAAGGGGGAGGUAUGUGGCGCGCGGAGGGGAGGGGAGCGGUUACGAGGGGCGUCCGCGUGAGAGGCGAGAUGAGGAAAGGGGCGCAGGAAGGGGGGAGGGGCGCGGAGGGCGGAGAGCAGGGUACGAGGAUGAAAGGGGAGGGGAGAUGCGAGAGAGGCCAAGGGGUUUUAGCAGCAAGGGUCCUAGCAGCAAGGGGCCUAGCCGUAGGGAGGGGCCAGGGGAGGAUUGGGAGGAGGAGGGAGGUGCUGGUGGCGGUGCUGGUGGCGGUGCUGAUGCAGGUGAUGCGCGGGGUCGUGGUGAUAGGCAUGAGGAUGGAAGGGGUAGGAGAGAUAGGAGGGGCAAGGAGCAGAGCGAGGAGGAAGCUGGAGAGGAGGAGGAGGAGGGGGAUGAGGAGGCAGGGGGGAGUCAGAGGCAGUCUCGCAGCUUCCGCUCUUCCCAAGAACCAUCUGCCUCUCUACAAGAUGCUUCCCCUCCCUCCUCCGGUUCUCCCUCCCCCCGCCGUCCGACAAGGGAGGCUGGGACACGAGGGGACGGGCAGGGAGGUCAGAUGGGUGGUGAGGGGUUUGGGAGGGUUGGGAGUGAUGAUUGGGAGGAGGAGGAGGAGGAGGGGAUGAAUAGUCACAUCAUCCCCGGGACGCUUUUCCUGCUAGUGGGGCUGUGGCACCUGCGAUGCAGCAUUAAGAAUUACCUCGCGGCGCCGCGAGCCUUCGUGUCGCGACUAUGGCAUCCCGCGCCGCUACCCGGCCACUGGGCGCGGCUCGAGCUGUACAUUAUAGUAGUGGGGUCGUUCCUAGAUAUGGGUUUAGUCGAGCUCGGAGUCGGAACGGGGUUCCAUCCGAUCGAGAAUGGCGGAGUCGCGCCCGGCCACCUGAAUAACUUCGAGCACGCGGCGAUGCUGCUAAUGUUCUUCCUGCUCGGCUGCGCCCUUCUCAUCAGCGAAACCACCAGCCUGCUCCCCCUCCCUCUGGGUGCGUUCCACAUCCUAGCAGCGCUCGCAUUCUUCUGUGAGGGGAUGCUCUUCACUCUCCACUCCACGGCGCACCACGGCCUCGAGCCGCGCUACCACAUGCUGCUCGCCAUCGCCAUUGCCGCCUGUGUCGUGUGUGCGCUGCUGGCCGCUGCCAUGCCGCACUCCUUCCUGCUCGAUGCCGUUGGCAGCGGCGCGAUCGUCCUGCAGGGGCUCCUGUUCUGGCAGACCGCCAUGUCCCUCUAUGGUCCCAUGGUACCAGCAGGCUGCUAUCUGGGCCCUGACACCGUGCAUUGCGACUCCGAUGCAAACGAGCACCGAGCCAUGGCCCUUGCCGUGCUGCAGUUCAUCGCCCUCCUCGCCUGCAAUCUCGUGCUCUCACUCGCGUAUUACGGUGCGGUUGCGAGUGCUGCUCCUCGGUCGUCCCUUGAUCUUAUCCAUGCAACGCAUGCUGUGGAGUGUGGGGAAGGGGAAGCAAAAGAUGGUAGUGGGAGGGGGGAUGGUGGCAAGGGAGAGGUUAUGUUGGGGGCACUUAGUGCGCAUGAGGACAGUGUGGACACAGGUGUAGGUGUAGACGAGGAGAAAGGCCUUCUAUCUUAA